CCCCUCUCUGCUUGUAGCCCAGUCCCGGAUCAGGCGCGGACUCCGGCUGCAUCCCUCGUGGCAGGCGGCGGAGAGGCUUCACCCCUCCUGCCAUGAAGCCCUGGCUCUUGCUCAGCCUUCUGCUCCUGCAGCAAACGCUCCAAAGCGCUGUUGGUCAAUCUGCAAAGAGCAAACGUCCGAAGGAGCCUGGAGAGAACCGGAUUAAGCCAAGCAACAAAAAAGUCAAAACCAGAACUCCCAAAUUAAAAGAAAGAAACUCCACAGAGCCUUCCCCAAAGGCCAGCUCCAUAAUGACACGUGUGAUGGAGAAAGGCCACUUCCAGAAACCCACGGCUACAUUAAACCUUUCAGCAGGUCAAAGUAUAGAGCUUCGGUGUAAAGGGAAUAGAAUUGGAUGGAGCUACCCUCCCUAUCUUGACACCUUUAAAGACAUCAGACUUAGCAUCAAACAACAUGAAAGGUACAGUCGGCUGAUCCUGGAAAAUGCCACUGCAGCAGACACUGGUGAAUAUAGUUGCUGGCUCCUGCAAUGCAAAGGCUACAAUUGUAAAAAGGAUGAGUCAAAAAGAGGUUCAACAUACAUAUUUUUUGCAGAUAAAGAAGAGUUCUUUGUUCCUGCUCCCAGCUAUUUUGAAGUGGUCUACCUCAGCCCAGAUAAACCUGCUGUGAUUCCCUGCCGAAUCACCAACCCAUCAGCAAAAGUAACUCUGCAUCAAGAGUUUCCAGCAGAAGAGAUCAAAGUGGAUGGAACUAACAUUAUCUAUGAUGCCAAGAAGGGGUUCAUCUACCAACAUCCAACCUCUGAUCAGAAAGGAGUAGUUUACUGCAGAGCGGAAUCACGGGGGACAUCUCAGAUUUCUAUUAAAUACCAGUUGCUUUAUGUAAAAGUUCCUUAUGGACCUCCUUCAGCUACAAUCAAAGCAUCAUCCAAUACAUUACAGGGUGGCAGUGACGUUAAUGUUUUGUGCACAGUUUUGGGGCAGCCAGAUGUAGAAGUGGAAUUUAAUUGGAUAUAUCCAGGGCAAGAGUAUAAAAGACCAGUAAAUAUCCAAGAUUCUUGGAGACUAAUUGAUAGAGGAGAUGAUCAUACUACAAGAAUCUCUGAGAGCAUUAUUACUGUUGAAGAUUUGGAAACCAUUGAUGCUGGAAACUAUGUAUGCGUUGCUCAGAAUCUUCGAGGACAAACCACAGUAGCUACUCAGGUUGAACUAAUCUGAAGUCUCCAAGUAGGCAGAACAAGAAAUAAACUGUCUAGUUUCUGACCAGCUUUAAAACUGGAAAUGGAAAUACAUUGGACAAAAAUCAUAAUAUAUUGAAUUUUAUAUAAAUUAAAACUGAGCAUAUAAAUAUAAAAGAGACUGGAAACCAGUGUAGUACAAGCAUUUCAAAACUUCGCUGCAGGAAGGAAAUGUAUGGUUCAAAAUUUGCUUCUAUUGUUAAUUCCAUAGGUUGCUUUAGAGAUGUCACCAUUGGGCAUCUGCCUUUGCAUAGAUCUUGCCAUAUUUUCACAAUAGAAGUGCUGGCCUACUUUACAGAGCAUGUUGUAAAGGUUUAAACAAUAAUGUAUCACUACAAAGCACUGAACCUAAGAGAAUAAUUUUGUAUUUGUAUUUGUGUCUGCAUAUGAAUGAUACAUAUUCAAACCAUUUUCUCCAUCAGUAAUUUGGAGUUAUUAAUUCUUAGAUGAUAAUAUAAGUAUGCAAUAUGUUAGUUAUCUUCCUUAUGCUUGUUUGCAAGAAAAGCAAGCAAGUACACACCUGUAAGGUUUAUCGAUCAAGAACAUGUUUCUUAUCAAAGAAACAUGAUAAGAAACAUUUCCUUAUCAAAAUAUCUAUUAUGUACCCAUUCCCAAGCAGAAUUUGUUCUUACCUAAGAUAGCUUUUAUAUUUUAUGUUGAAGUCAUAGCAUAUAUGAAUAUUAACAGGUCUUGUUGGAUGGACUUGAUGCAUUUCAACUGACGUGUCUUUAAAAAAUUACAUAUUGAAUAAACUGUUUUUCAAAUUU